GCAACGGGACCCAUUUCCUCCCCAGACAGGCUGUGAUUUACGGCGUGGGUGUCCGUCUGGGAGAGAGCCACCAGUCUAUAUAUAGCAGCUCGGAGCCCAUAAAUGGGGCGGGACAGGCUCUGCCCCGGAGCUGGGCGCUGCUGCCUCCCUGAGCCGGGCGAGCCGGGCGCUGCUGCCUCCCCUUCACCGCUGUCCUGUCCUCUCGGCCUGCCCCACGAUGUCACUUGUCGCGGUGCCCUUCUACCAGAAGCGGCACAAGCACUUUGACCAGUCGUACCGGAACACGCAAGCGCGGUACCUGCUCAGCGAGUAUGCGGCGAGAAAGAAGCGCUCCUCGACCCAGGCUUCUUCCCAGAAGUCCCUGGUGCAGGCGUCCUCGUCCCAGAGAGCGGCCGGCCAGACCUCUUCACUGUCCUCCGGCAGCACCAUCUGCAGGCUGUGCGCCAAGAGGGUGAGCUCCGCGCAGGAGGAGAGUGCGCAGGAGGAUGAGAGCAGGUACCGGUCCCUGGUGGCCUCAUACGCAGAGACCAAGCGGCGGCGCUUCCUGGGCGAGCUGGCCGACCUGGAGGAGGACGUGCACCUGGCCCGCACCCAGGCCCGGGACACACUGGACAAGUUCUCCAUCCAGCAGAUGGUGCAGGACAAGCUGGCCUGGAUGAAGGAGCAGGACACCUUCGCAGAGCGGACCAGGCGGGCCCCCGAGAUCCUGGUGCGCCUGCGCUCCCACACCGUCUGGGAGAGGAUGAGCGUGAAGCUCUGCUUCACCGUGCAGGGCUUCCCCACGCCCGUGGUGCAGUGGUACAAAGACGGCAACCUGAUCUGCCAGGCGGCCGACCCCGGCAAGUACAGGGUCGAGAGCAUGUACGGCGUGCACACUCUGGAGAUCCACAGGGCCAACUUCGACGACACCGCGACCUACUCUGCAGUGGCCACGAACGCGCACGGGCAGGUGUCCACCAACGCGGCAGUGGUGGUGAAGAGGUUCCGAGGGGAGGAGACGCCCCUGCGCUCCGUGGGACUCCCGAUUGGACUGCCCUUGUCCUCUGUCGUCCCGUACACGCACUUCGAUGUCCAGUUUUUGGAGAAGUUCGGGGUCACCUUCAGGAGAGAGGGCGAGACGGUCACACUCAAGUGCACGCUGCUGGUGACACCGGACCUGAAAAGAGUGCAGCCGCGGGCUGAGUGGUACCGGGAUGACGUGCUGCUGAAGGAGUCCAAGUGGACGAGGGUGUUCUUCGGGGAGGGCCAGGCCUCCCUGUCCUUCAGCCGCCUGAGCAAGGACGACGAGGGGCUCUACACCUUGAGGAUCGUGUCCAGAGGGGGCGUCAGCGAGCACAGCGCCUUCCUCUUCGUCAGAGAUGCUGACCCGCUGGUCACAGGGGCCCCCGGCGCGCCCAUGGACGUGCUGUGCCAAGACGCAAACCGGGACUACGUCAUCGUCACCUGGAAGCCGCCCAACACGACCACCGAGAGCCCCGUCCUCGGCUACUUCGUCGAUCGGUGCGAGGUGGGGACGGACAACUGGCUGCAGUGCAAUGACUCGCCCGUGAAGAUCUGCACCUACCCCGUGACCGGGCUGUUCGAGGGCCGCUCCUACCAGUUCCGCGUGCGGGCGGUCAACAGUGCGGGCGUCAGCCGGCCGUCCCGCGCCUCGGAGGCCGUGGCCGCCCUCGACCCCGUUGACCUCAGGAGGUUACAAGCCGUGCACUUGGAGGGAGAUAAAGAAAUCGUGAUCUAUGAGGAGGACCUGGAGGGCGACGUGCAGGUCCCGGGACCUCCCACCAACGUGCACGUCUCCGAGCUCAGCAGGACCUACGUGGUCCUCAGCUGGGACCCCCCGUCCCCGCGUGGCAAGGAGCCCCUGUCCUACUUCAUCGAGAAGUCCGUGGUCGGGAGCGGCAGCUGGCAGCGGGUGAACGCCCAGACGGCCGUGAGGUCCCCGCGCUACGCCGUCUUUGACCUGGCCGAGGGGAAAUCGUACGUGUUCCGGGUUCUGUCCGCAAACAAACACGGGCUGAGCGACCCGUCGGAAAUCACCUCCCCUGUUCAGGCCCAGGACACCUUGGUCGCUCCGUCUGCGCCGGGCCAGGUCCUGGUGUCUCGGGACACGAAGACCUCCGUGGUAGUGGAGUGGGACAGGCCGAAGCAGGGGGAGGACCUGCUGGGCUACUACGUGGACUGCUGCGUGGCCGGGACCAGCCUCUGGGAGCCCUGCAACCACAAGCCCAUUGGCUACAACAGGUUUGUCGUGCACGGCCUGACGCCCGGAGAGCAGUACAUCUUCCGAGUGAAAGCUGUGAACGCCGUGGGGACCAGCGAGAACUCGCAGGAGUCCGACGCCAUCAAGGUCCAGGCCCCACUCACCGUCCCGUCCUACCCCUACGGGAUCACGCUCCUGAACUGCGACGGCCACUCCAUGACCCUGGGCUGGAAGGUGCCGCGGUUCAGCGGGGGCUCGCCCAUCCUCGGCUACUUCGUGGACCGGCGCGAGGCCCGGCACCGGAGCUGGCACGAGGUCAACACCAUGCCGGUCACAGAGCGCAUCCUGACGGUGGACGGCCUGACCGAAGGCUCCGCGUACGAAUUCAAAAUCUCCGCCACCAACCUGGUGGGCGUCGGGCAGCCCUCGGACCCCAGCGAGCUCUUCAAGUGUGAGGCCUGGACAGCGCCGGAACCGGGCCCCGCCUACGACCUGACCUUCUGCGAGGUCAGGGACACGUCGCUGGUGCUGCUCUGGAAGGCCCCGGUGUAUGCGGGCAGUGGGCCCGUGUCCGGGUAUUUUGUGGACUACAAGGAGGAGGGUUCCGAGGCGUGGACCACUGCCAACGAGGCGGCCACUGCGAAUCGCUACUUAAAGGUGUGUGACCUGCACCACGGGCAGAGCUACGUCUUCCGCGUGCGGGCCGUGAACACCAGCGGCGUGGGGACGCCGUCAGACUCGUCCGAGCCGGUGGUCCUGGAGACCAGGCCCGGCACGAAGGAGGUCGGCGCCGGUGUGGACGAGCAGGGCAAUAUCUACCUCAGUUUCGACUGCCCGGACGUGACGGACGCCUCGCAGUUCACGUGGUGCAAGUCCUACGAGGACAUCACGGGCGACCCGCGGUUUGAGGUCGAGACGGUCGGGGAGCACUCGAAGCUGUACUUUAAGAAUCCGGACAAAGGGGACUUGGGGACGUACUCGGUGUCGGUCAGUGACACGGACGGCGUGUCCUCCAGCUUCGUCCUGGACGAGGAAGAGUUGGAACGUUUGAUGGCCCUGAGCAACGAGAUCAAAAAUCCCACCAUCCCCCUGAAGUCGGAGUUAGCGUACGAGGUGUUUGACCACGGCCAAGUUCGCUUCUGGCUGCAGGCGGAGCACUUGUCCCCAGACGCCAGCUACCGAUUCGUCAUCAACGACAAGGAGGUCUCGGAUGGCGAGGCCCACAGGAUGAAGUGCGACAAGUCCACCGGCGUCAUCGAGAUGGUGAUGGACAAGUUCACCGUGGACGACGAGGGCACCUACACGGUGCAGAUCCAGGACGGCAAGGCCAAGAGCCAGUCCUCGCUGGUGCUCAUUGGGGACGCUUUCAAGGCCAUCCUAGAAGAGGCUGAAUUCCAACGAAAAGAAUUUCUCAGGAAGCAAGGCCCUCACUUUUCCGAGUACCUGCACUGGGACGUCACGGAGGAGUGCGAAGUCCGACUGGUGUGCAAGGUCGCAAACACCAAGAAAGAGACCGUUUUCAAGUGGCUCAAGGACGAUGUUCUGUACGAGACUGAGAGCUUGCCCGACCUGGAGAAGGGCGUCUGUGAGCUGCUCAUCCCCAAGAUGUCCAAGAAGGACCAUGGCGAGUACAAGGCCACCUUGAAAGAUGACAGAGGUCAAGAUGUGUCUGUCCUUGAAAUAUCCGGCAAAGUGUACGAGGACAUGAUCCUGGCGAUGAGCAGAGUCUGUGGCAUGUCGGCCUCCCCCCUGAAGGUGCUGUGCACACCGGAGGGCAUCAGACUGCAGUGCUUCCUGAAGUACUUCACCGAGGAGAUGCGCGUGAACUGGUACCACAAAGACGCCAAGAUCUCGUCCAGCGAGCGCAUGCGCAUCGGGGGCAGCGAGGACACGGCCUGGCUGCAGCUGUGCGAGCCCUCGGAGAAGGACCAGGGGAGGUACACCUUCGAGAUCUUCGACGGCAAGGACAACCACCAGCGCUCCCUGGACCUGUCUGGUCAAGCCUUCGAGGAGGCCUUCGCGGAGUUCCAGCAGCUCAAGGCGGCUGCUUUUGCAGAGAAGAACCGUGGGAAGGUGAUCGGCGGUUUGCCUGACGUGGUGACCAUAAUGGAAGGCAAGACCCUGAAUCUGACCUGCACGGUGUUUGGAAACCCCGACCCCGAGGUCGUGUGGUUCAAGAACGACAAGGACAUUGAGCUCAACGAGCACUUCUCCGUGAAGGUGGAGCAGGCCAAGUACGUCAGCAUGAGCAUCAAGGGCGUGACCUCGGAGGACUCCGGCAAGUACAGCAUCAACGUCAAGAACAAGUACGGGGGCGAGAAGAUCGACGUGACGGUCAGCGUGUACAAGCACGGCGAGAAGGUGCCCGACGUGCAGCCGCCCCAGCAGGCCACGCCCCAGCGCCUGCCCCCGGCCGCCGCCUCCGGCCCCGCGGAACCCUGAGCGUGGUGGGGGCCGGAUGUCCAGGCCCACGCGCUCUGUGCGCGGAGCCCCUGGGGUCCCCCGUGGUGUUUUCAUCUCCGUUCACUGCUAGUUUAGGUGCCUGAGUGGACGGCGGGGGCUCUGGCAGCAUCCUGUCCUCGCCUGGGUCUGGCCUCCUGGGGCUGACGAGGUCCUGGCUGGAGCCUCUUGGGCCGGUGUGACCUGGUCACUCUGUGUUUUCUUGCUUCCAACGAAUAAACCUUUAAGAGGCA